UGCGACGUACGUCACUCGGUCAAUUUAAAUGUGGGUUGAGCGAGGUCAACCCCGAGAGAAGUUUUGCCUCCCUUCAUCAAUAAUUCCUCGUCGGCGGUUGUGGACGCCAUGGACACAGAAGGCUGUUUUUGCGACGACUCCAAGAGGACCAGAAACAACGCGCAUAAGAUUUUUGUCAACAGAAGCUUGACGCUGGAGAGUAUCAAAUGUUAUGGCUUCGACAUGGACUACACACUGGCAAUGUACAAGUCUCCGGACUAUGAGAGCCUUGGCUUUGAGCUGAUAAGGGACAGAAUGGUGUCCGUCGGCUACCCUCAUGAGAUUCUGCGGUACACGUAUGACCCGAGCUUCCCCACAAGGGGCUUAGUGAUCGACACCACAUACGGCAACCUCCUGAAGGUGGACUCCAACGGGAACAUCCUAGUGUGCAGUCACGGCUUUAGCUUCCUCAAAGGCGAAGAGAUUGACCACUAUUACCCCAACAAGUUCAUCCAAAGAGACGACACGAACCGUUUCUACAUUCUCAACACCCUCUUCAACCUUUCAGAGACAUAUCUCUACUCUUGCCUCGUGGACUUCUUCUCCAAAUCUACCAGAUACAAACUCGUGCUAAAAGGUUACCACCACGGCGACCUGUUCAUGUCAUACAGAAGCAUGUUCCAAGAUGUUCGCGACGCGAUGGAUUACAUUCAUGACACGGGCAUCCUCAAAGACCAGACCGUCAAGAAUAUUGACAAAUAUAUUGUCCAAAAUCCCAAUAUUAUUGUUCUCUUGAGCCGAAUCAAAAAGGCGGCCAAGGUGUUUCUUGCCACCAACAGUGACUACAACUACACUGAUGCUGUAAUGACAUACCUUCUUGAACACGGCGCCAAGCAGUCUGGAGAUCCCCCAGAGUCGUGGCGCUCCUUCUUUGAUCUGAUCGUUGUGGAUACGAGGAAGCCGCUGUUCUUCGCAGGGGGCACGGUGCUAAGACAAGUCGACACGAACACAGGGAAACUACGGAUCGGGACGUACACCGGCGCACUCAAGCAUGGAACGGUGUACUCCGGAGGCUCAUCAGAGCUGGUGUCCGACCUGCUGAACGUCAAAGGUAAGGACAUCCUCUAUGUGGGGGAUCAUAUCUUUGGCGACAUCCUCAAGUCGAAGAAGCGCCAAGGCUGGAAGACGUUCCUGGUGGUUCCCGAGCUCACUAAAGAGCUACGAGUGUGGGAAGAGAAAAAAAAUUGGUUUGAAGAGCUGAAAGGUCUUGACAUUUUCCUAGCUGAUAUUUACAAGCACCUGGACAGCGGCAGCCAAGACACUCCCGACAUCAGCAGCAUUCAGACCAGAAUGAAGAUUCUGACCACCUGGAUGGACAUGUCUUACGGCCGGAUGGGCAGCCUACUUCGAAACGGCUCCAGACAGACUCUGUUUGCCGGCCAGCUCAUGCGCUACGCUGACCUCUACGCGGCCAGCUGCCUCAGCCUGCUGCACUACCCCCUCAAUUACCUAUUCAUGGCUCCUCCCGUACUGAUGCCCCACGAGGCCCCGACACUCAACACUGACGACUUUCCUUUGGCGCCGCGCACCAACUGUCAGUGCGAGCAGGCCCUAAGCGUGACAAACAAAAGACCCUGAGGAGGAGACUUUCUAAAGAGCCUCUGCAUGAAGAUUUUGCAUUUUGGAAAUCGUAAGAGGUCAACUUGUUCUCUCAAUAAAUGUACGGCUCCCCCACCUGGAGGGUGGUUGCUAUGCCUCUUCAAUUGAGUGAACCCCCAGUAAUGAUGCAGCUCAAUAAAUUGUGAGUAUGGCAGAAAA